AGGUUUGUUUGACAUCAAUCCACAAACAUAACCUCUGUUUGUGAUCCACAUAAAGCCUUGGUUUUUAUUAUUUUUAGUGUAAUUGGAUGGUUUCUUAAUAUAAUUGAGCAUGUCUUUAUAUGAUGACCUUGAUGUGAAGGCCCGCGCGACCGAAAAGGUCUCCGGUUGGUCUUCCGGAAUCAAACUUCUUCAGUCCCAACUCCAGCUUAAGAAAGCAACAAUAACACAACCAAAACGUGAGCAACAACGUAAAGUGAGUUUAGCUCCAGUGAUAGACUUGAAAAGUAAACGAGAUGAUGACGACAUUUACCCAACUUAUCAAAAAGUAAAAAAUGAGCCAAGUCUACCCACUCUUAGUUCAUCAGUGACUUACGGCAUUGAGUAUGACUGGAACGUUGACGACGAGUAUGAUCCGUUAUGGCCAAACGAAUUCGAUAAAGUUGUCAAAGAAUUACGCGAAAAUCGCGAACGUGAAAACGAUAAAGAAGAAAAACGGCGAGAAAGAAAAAGAAAGUCGCGCUUUAGCGACCCUGAGGAGCCUCUAGUCAUACCCACACCGCAGAUAACUCAACCGCCACUCGCGAGUGGAUUUGCAGGUAGGUGGGCCGAAGAAGACGAAGAAAUGGAGCCUGUCCAAGCCAAACCUCGKGCUUCAGGAGUGGCAAUCGCGCCCCCACCGAGUCUCCAGGAAACAGCAGAACCAACCCCCAUUUUCCCUAACAAACCCCCGACACCGGCCGCCAACUUUGGGUCCUCUGUUGCCGCCAAAAUCAUGGCGAAAUAUGGAUUCAAAGAGGGCCAAGGCUUAGGCAAACAGGAGCAAGGCAUGGCGAGCGCCCUACAGGUCGAAAAGACUUCAAAACGGGGCGGAAGGAUUAUCCAUGAGAAGGAAAUAUUAGCUGCGGCGACGGCCUCGCCUCCGGUCCUUGAGGCCCCCACCAAUAACCCACAACAAAGCAUUACUGAAAUCAUUAAGAAUCCCAGUAAAGUCGUGUUGUUAAAAAACAUGGUAGGGCCGGGAGAAGUUGACGACGAUUUAGAACCUGAAGUCAAAGAUGAAUGUAACACAAAAUAUGGGGAAGUCACAAGUGUCAUUAUUCAUGAAACUCAGGCGGAUAACCCUGAGGAGGCUGUGAGGAUCUUUGUGGAGUUCAGGAGGAUAGAGAGCGCGAUAAAGGCAGUGGUGGACUUGAACGGAAGGUUCUUUGGGGGAAGGCAAGUCAAGGCCAGUUUUUAUGAUACUGAGAAAUUUGAUAAUCUUCAAUUAAUGGAUUAAGUGUUAUUGUUAUUUUUUUUUAUUUACAUAAUAAAUUAAUGUAUGUAAUAAAUAAUAAUAAAAUACUUUUCUUGCAAAAAUGCACAAAGAGAAUC